AUGAACCUUUAUCCAAGCAAGCCAACUACAGAGUAUUAUUACUAUCCAACAAAUAGUUCCAAGACAAAGUUAUAUGAGAUAUUGAAUAAUGCCAAUUUAAGAGCUGCCUUUGGUUCAUUCUUGAAGAGCCAGUUCUGCUUAGAGAACCUCCUUUGUUGGGAGGCCAUAGAGUUAUAUAAGCAUAAGAAUGGAAAUGCUUCAGAGAUCUAUCAAAUGGCAGAGGAUAUAUAUAAUAAGUUUAUAAAAGUAAACGCAAUAUAUGAGAUCAAUAUAUAUGUUAAACAGAAGGAGUUGUUAAAGGAGAAGUUAAUCAAGACAUUUAUUCUGCCGUCUCAUCAUAAACCAGGAGAUACAUCAUCGUUACCAAAGAGGAAAAUCCAGUAUUGGACAGAAGUAAUAUUGCCUGCCAUUAGACAUUCAAACUCUAUAACAUCAACUAUCACAUCAACUCAAUCACUACCAUCAACAUCAACAACAACAUCAUCAUCUGCAUCUCCAUCCAGACCACUGAGCACCAGCAGCCAAAGUGCUUUCCAGACUGGUCCCGACUACUCCCAUCAAUUCACCUCAUACUCCAACGACCCAUUACAAUCACAAUCACAUCAUCCACUUAGCAACAGUACCGGCCAUAAUAAUCAAAUUGUCACAACUACAACCACUGGAGGAAGUCCCAACGGAUACCCAAGCCCGAGGUUCUCCCGAAAGUACAACAGUCCAUGCCAAUCACCAUUCUCCUCACCAGCCAACUCCCCAACACAUUCACCCACAGAACAACAACAACUACAAGGUAUCAAACCACCAGUCAUCGCUGAUAAGGCACCAACCAGUAUUAGCAGCAGUGGCGACAAACAGAUAUACAAUACCCAGACCCUGCCCAUGAGUCAGAAUGGAGGAAGCUCAGUACGCAAGUCAUCCACAUUUAGCAGUAUAGAUGAGAAUGAUCGAGCGGACAUCUUCGAGGACUUCUUCACCGAUGACUUCAACAGUGCCGAUGUCCAGUUCGGUGUGCUACCUCACAAGUCCCUGUUCAACGAUAUCCAAGAGGAGCUGGAACAGAUGAUGAUUGAGAACUCCCUUGGGGAGUUCCUAAAGUCCAAGGUCUACGUUCAAGGUCUCCAGGGUAACUCCCUGCCCUAG